AUGGCACAACAGAUGAAACAUCAGAAGACAUCACUCGAGACCACAGAUGACGGCGAAGACGAAGACACACAACAGCCAAAGAUUUACGCGAAGAACUCUUUGGACAGAUUCGGUGAUGACAUGUGUGGACUACUCUUGUCUUAUCUCACAUUUGAAGAUCGAUUCAGUUUUGAAUGUGUGUCCAAACAGUUCCGGAGGACAGUCUUCGUGAAUGUUGUGGACAUCACUCUUAGCGAUGAAUUAAUGCAGAGAUUACUGAAUGCGAAGAGAAGUGACGUUCAAAUGUUGGCCACAAUUGCCAUAAAGUGUCCAAAUAUUCAAUGCAUUGACUGCCGAGGAAUAAGCGCUGAAUAUGAAGAACACAUUCCGGAAGUGUUGAACACAUUUCGAGGCAAUUGUCAGAAUUUAAAGGAAAUAUAUUGCGAUUUGACGUCAAAGAGUGCGCAAACAAUGCCAUCGUUUGGACCACUGGUCACACGAAUCGGUGAUAUUGACGACUAUAUAGACAAUGAAGCGCUCACUCAUUGCCACCGAUUGUCACAAUUAUGUGUCCAAUCAUUUGCCGACUUCACUGACUAUACAUUUAAUACACUGUUUUGCAAUAAUUUGCAUAAAUUUGUGUUGAGAUCGCAUUCAGACUAUAAUAACCACUUCUGGUCUGCAUUUGUGACACAGAAUCAGUCGCUCCAGUGUUUGGUCUUAGAGUCUUCUUAUUUUGAAGAUUCUGUGUCUGUGACCGAAAUGUGCGGACAAUUGUCACGAUUAUCGCAAUUACGGGAACUGACACUCGGGUUAGGGUUUGAAGUACUGAACGGCCAGAAGUCCGCAGUCGUGAACCAGUGUUUGCGUACAAUUGGUGUGAAUUGUAAACAAUUGAAGCGAUUGUCAUUCCAACUGAUCUCCGAGGACAUCGAACCCGCGCUCCAGAUAUCAUUAGAUUGGUUACGAGUUUAUCGCCAAUUAAAACGAUUACAUAUAACAUCGUAUGCGGCCAUCGAUGACCAGUUGUUGGAUCCGUUGAGACACUGCAAGAGAUUAACGCAUUUAGAGCUCUGUUUAUUGGGUAUAAAACCAAUUGUGUUGAAAGAUAUGCAUCAAAACUGUCCACGACUUCAAUAUCUAUUCAUUGGUAACUUUUCUAACAUCACUCCCGAGUGUUUGUCACACCUCUCAAGACUACCGGCGCUGCAAAUGCUUGUCAUUCACUUCGGUUGUGACGCAGAAUCUGUUGAUCUCUCGGAUAAUGAUUACUCGGAUCUGUUGUCCAGAAGUCCUAAAUUAAAGUGCAUUCAACCCUUCUAUGCCAUACAGAGUCGGCCAGUGGUCAGACCGUUGAGCUCCGGAGGGCUAAACGUGGCUUUGGCUGUAAAGGACCCUUUGGUUCGGACAGAUAUGAGUGCAAUCGUCACUGCAAAAGUAACAGGGUAA